AAAAGAGAGAAUGUCAGUUUUAUUGACAAUAAUAUGAGUUGCGUGUCGUUAUCUGAUAAUUUCUUUUUAUGAACAAUUUUCACUGUUUUACUUGUUGGAAACUAACAUUUAGUUUUCUAUGUCUGUGAACAAAUUCGGUUUUUGAUUUCAAUUAGCGUUACGGAAAUGAUGCGAUACUCGGAAAUACCACGCGAUCUCUCUUCGGACAGUCUGCGAUGCAUAGAGAUUUCAGAAGAAAACCUAAGCUCUCAAGAUAUGCGAGAUGACGCACUUCAGAUCGACAUUUCCCUGCAGAGUGGCCCGGGGCUGCCUCUCAUAAACUCAUAUGAACAUAAUAGUGCCAUGAAGCAGCGAAACAAGUGCCAGUGUCAUAAGAAGCACUCAAUUGCUUCUGUCGGUCCAAUCGAUUCCAUUAUAGACCGUAGCAGAGCUACAACUUACAGACGAUGUCCAACACCUCCAAGCAAAUCACAAAGUCUCCCACCAAAUGCAUCGAUUGCCAACAUCGACUCAAUUAUUAUCAACUGCUUGCGGGUCUCACCGGAAGAACUGGCUAACCAGCUUACGCUACUGGAUUUUCCCGUGUUUGCCGCCAUCCAGCCUGAUGAGAUUUCCAGCUGUGCUUGGAACAAAAAGAACAAGGCUGAACUUUCGCCGAAUGUGGUGGCGUUCACCAAGCGAUUCAAUCAUACGAUAUUCUGGACGGUUCAAGAGGUUCUGAACGGUAUAUCUCCCAAGGAACGGGCGGAAAUAAUUAGUCAUUUUAUCAAGGUUGCAAAACAUCUACAUGAACUGAACAAUCUUCACUCCUUGUUUGCGAUAACUUCGGCUCAAAGUGCAAGUGUUUACAGAUUAGAGAAAACAUGGGCACAGCUCUCUAAGAAGGACAGGCAACAGUUUGAGAAACUGGCUGAUAUUUAGGAUACAAACAACUGGGCUACACUUCGAGAAUACCUGGAAAGCUUGAAGCUUCCGUGUAUUCCAUACCUCAGAUUGUUCUUAACAGAUUUAGUGUACAUAGAUCUCGCUCACCCUCACAAAGGUGGACUGGAACCAGAGCAACGACGAAUCAAGAUGAACAACAUCUUAAGAGUCAUAUCAAAUUACCAAGGAUCUGAUUAUACACAUAUUCAACCGAUAUCAAAUACGCUUAACUAUCUCAACUCCGUCCGCUACAUUGAAGAACUGCAAAACAUCUUCGAAGAUGAUCAAUACAAAAAAUCACUCAAACUGGAACCGACGUUGACUUCGCCCGAAACGAACGGCAAACAUUCCUCCGCCAAACCAAACACUUCAUCCACCGCCGUUGACAGCAACCAGAUCCAUCCCUGUUCACUGGCAUCGCUGAAUCUCUCCCCGAGUCACAAGUCAAGUUCGAUGCGCUUUCCCAGCUCCUCAACGCCGAGCACAUCGACCGCCAAAAUGAUCGGCCACAGAAAGUGCCGGAGUUUGGGAACCAAAUUUCGCAGCACUAGUUUACCAAGAAAUUUCCAUAAAAAUUUACCAUCUGUGCGCUGCAAGUGUUGCAUUUUCAACAAAAUGGCCUGUACCACGCAAACAAGUACUACUAUCCAUCGCACUGAGUCAUUUGCAAAGUCUCGUCACCUGUUGGAUGAUUCGGUCCUUGAAGAUAAAAUUUCCGCAGAUACCAUUUCCACUGGUAGCUCAGAUGGAGUAAUAGGCUUCGAGGGUGACACGGAGGCUUCCGCCGAUAUCAUAGGAUUCCAAGGAUCCUUACGACGAAAAACUAUUAUGAAGCAUCGACGCAAACCAACGGUUUCCUCUUGGCAACGCUAUUGGGUUCAGAUAUGGGCAAACUCGUUGGUUUAUUUUGCUCCAAAGUCCUUUAAAGGAUCGGAACGUUGCGACUACAAACGCGAGCCGUCCAAAAUAUGCACCUUGGAGGGUUGGAAUGUCGAAGUAAAGGAAGUUGCAGAAAGAAGCGACACGUUUCAACUUGUAAAUCAUCAACAUGGUCAUAUAUACAAAUUUCGCACUGGUUCACCGGAGAUAACUACUCUUUGGCUGAGCGCAAUCAAUAAAGUGAUAUCGCAAAUCAGUCCAGAAAUCUCCAAUAAAUCACCCGUGAACCUUAUGUCCUUUGAAUGAUGGCAUGUAAUGUGGAAAUCACCAGCUAAAGACUCAUUACGGCUAUGUAAUUGUAAAUUGAGCUCUCUUAUUAAUUUACUAAGAAUAUAUAGCUAU